AGUCUCACCGUGUCUUCAGUAGCCAAGAUCAACAGGACAGGGGUGAGAAUGAGCAUAGCCUAGGUUUAUUAGUAGUAUAAAAAGCCAACACUUAUUGUGUGCUGUGUGUGUGCCAGAUGCCUGACAUGUAUUUUUUCUUUAAUUCUCAUAAUCUUAUGAGAUAGGUUCUCAUGGUAUCAAUUAGGAGACUGAAGCUUAGAGAUGUUGGAUUAUUUGUUCAAAAGCACACAGGAAGUAGGUGACUGAGCCAGGAUGUGAAGCCACACAGUCUGAGUCCAGAUUCAGGCUCCCCCCCGACCCCCGCCCACAGCAGAAGGACCAGGAGCUGCGGCACAGGAUGCCACAGCACAGGUUCUGGACCUGGAGUUGGCCUGCACGCAAUCCCAGUCUCCUCCAUGCAGUCAUUUACAGCUUAACAGGAGUGGGCCUCUCGGGUCCUUGUCUAAGCUCUUAGAUAAAGAAAGUGACAGGUGGGAAGUCGGGGGACCUCUACAGAGUAGGGAGAAAAGCCCAAAGAAAGGUGAGAGCCAGCCAGGGAUGGGAUGGCAGGACAAACAUAGCAACAACCUCACAGCUCGGCCUGCAGUAAGCCCUGCCCAAGACCAGAUCAUGCCCCAUCCAAGGCUCGGGCAGUUGGGAGGGUGCAGGGCUGAACCACCUAAGACCCCUCUCGGGGAGUGAGACCUCCUCACCCAUAACCCUGGGGAGUGAGGAGUAUGAUCAAGAGUCUUGCAGAGAAUUCCAGACUGAGCCAGAGGAGCAGCCAAGUUCCACCAAAGGGGCAGAGAGGCUGCUACGUUUUGAGUCUGUUUGGCCUGUAAAUAAACUCGAGGGGCCAGAGCUGGCUAAGACCUACUGUUGGUGAAGUUGGGGUAUCCUUAUCUGACCUACCCAGGGACUAAGUUUCCCAGGGUGGGGGGUAGUAAAGUUGAGGGACCAAGAAGAGAAGCAGCAGCUGUCAGCGGGAGCCCCUCUCCUUUCGGUGAUCAGCGGAAGCAGAGCACAGAAUUUCUAGUGCUCAGGAUUCAGCUCAGCCCAGCUAUCAGAGGGUUCUGGAGAAUAAACCAAUCUGCAGAAGAGGCAGGGUGAGAUGUUUGGUCAAUGAAGAAGCGGCAUCCAGAAAGACCUUUCCACUUUGCGGAGGAAGAGCCAGCCAUAAGCCAGAGAAAAGCAGAAAUCAGCCAGAAACUGGACCCUGGAGUCCUGACUCUCAGUUUGACAUCCUCACCUCCUCACUUUUCAAGCCACAUACCCCAGCAGCUAUUCAAGGAACUGGAAGCCAAGCACAACAGGUGUUCAGGAGCUCAUCAUGAUCGGCCUGGACCCCAGGCCUCGCCCUGGCUUGGCCCGGCGGGCUGAGAGCUAUGAGGCCAAAUGUGAGCGCCGGCAGGAGACCCGUGAAAGUCGCCGAUGCCGCCCCAACAUGACCACUUGCCGCCAGGUGGGGAAGACACUGAGGACCCAGCAGAGGGAACAGCUGCAGAGAGCCCGACAACAGCAGUUCUUCAGGAGAAGGAACCUGGAAGUGGAGGAGAAAGACAAAACACACAGCUCCCGGAGCCAGGAGCACGGUCUCUCCAGGAGGACAGGCCAGGCCACUGACCUUCUCAAGAAGCCCUUGUCUUUGGCCAACAAGAUCUCUUCCCCCAGACAGCAGGUGUCAGGGACCAGCUCCGAGGUCUUUCCAAACCAGCAUCAUCCUCUCCCAGGCGUCUGGAGGGAUCUAGCAGAUCACCUCCCCUCCCAGGCUGGGAGCCUUCCACCCCAGGAUAUUCCCACCAAGAAGCCACCCAAACACCACCGUGGCACUCAGACAAAGGUCAAAGAAGCACAGCCAACAAUUAAGAAUGAUGCCAGUCAGCAAACCAAUUAUGGUGUUGCAGUUCUAGAUAAGGAAAUCAUCCAGCUUUCUGAGUACCUCAAAGAGGCCCUACAAAGGGAGCUGGUUCUAAAACAGAAAAUGGUGAUUCUCCAAGACCUAUUGUCCACCUUGGUUCGGGCCUCUGAUAGUUCUUGGAAGGGACAACUUAAUGAAGACAAAUUGAAGGGCAAACUGAGGUCCUUGGAAAACCAGCUGUAUACCUGUACCCAGAAUUGUUCCCCUUGGGGAAUGAAAAAGGUACUAAUGGAGAUGGAAGACCAGAAAAACAGCUACGAGCAGAAAGCCAAGGAGUCGCUGCAGAAAGUGCUGGAGGAGAAAAUGAGCGCAGAGCAGCAGCUGCAGAGCACACAGAGGUCCCUGGCUCUGGCUGAGCAGAAGUGUGAAGAGUGGAGGAGCCAGUACGAGGCUCUGAAGGAAGAUUGGAGGACCCUGGGGGCCCAGCACAGAGAGCUGGAGAGCCAGUUCCAUGUGCUCCAGUCCAAACUGCAGGGGGCGGACAGUAGAGACUUUCAGAUGAACCAGGCUCUGCGACUGCUGGAGAACGAGCACCAGGAACUGCAGGCCAAGAUUGAGCGCCUACAGGGGGACAGAGACCUGUGCAGCUCGGACAGCCAGCUCCUACAAGAUCAACUAAAGAGGUCAGAGGAGGAGAAACGCGCCCUGGUGACCAAAGUUCAGCAGUUGCAGAGUCUACUGCAGAGCCAAUCCGUACAGCUCCAAGGACAGGAGAAACUCUUAACAAAGAAAGAUCAGGCUUUGUCUGAGUGGAGUCCAAAGCCUUCCCAUAACGAAGUGGAACCUGAGGGUACAGGGAAGGAGAAAGACUGGGAUUUCAGAGACCAGCUGCAAAAGACGACUUUGCAGCUCCAGGCCAAGGAAAAGGAGUGCAAGGAACUGCAUUCAGAGUUAGACAACCUCAGUGACGAGUACCUCUCCUGCCUGCGUAAGCUCCAGCACUGUCGAGAAGAGCUGAACCAGAGCCAGAAGCUGCCUCCCAGAGUAAGAGCCUCGAUCUUCCCAUAUAGCACUAGACGAUGGGGGGACUAUUCCUCCUUUAGCCCAAUCUUGCAGAUAAAAUUUAUCAGCCCGUGCCAACAUCUAACCAGCCUGUCCCAUUCAGCUUUGUUUAUACUGAGAGCGUUGCAACCAUGGAAAGAAACACUGGCGUAUGCAUCCAAACUUAGUUGUCACAGAAUUCUUAAACCUAAAGGGAAAGACUUACUAUUAGCUGAAGUAGGAAAUGGUGUUUUUUAGCCUUUUCUAUGUAGUAGUGGCAAGGACAGAAUGAGAGAGAAAAAGUACCAAGAAAUAUGAACAGAGAAUAAUUUCAUUUUGCUAUUUUCUACCUUUGAAUGGUCAUAUCAGUAUUUAAGUAUCUAGGCCCUGCUGACUGUGGUUCCCUGGGCCAAUGAUCUUGGCUUAUGGGCCAGCGGCCACCAGUAAAGUGGUUCUAUUUCAAGAGAGGUGACAAAGUGACAGAGUGAUGUAAAAACCUUUCCCUCCUCCACCAUCCAAGACCUUCCACUGAGCCAGAAUGGGAAAGAGGAAGAUUAUUUUUGCCUCUUUCUUCUCCAACCAACCUGUGGC